AUUAAUAUUCACUAAUUGACAAAAAAAAAAAAUUAACUAAUCUCGUUAACGAAAAUAAGUGCCCAACACCAAAAAAGGCCAGUGGAAAUGCAUACAUUUAAUAUUUUCUGUCUUACCGCCAUUGCGGCAAUACUCGGAAGUGCAACUGCCGCAACAAUAUCGGAGAACGCAGCAGCAGCAGCAGCAGCAGCGGUGUCGGACAACUUGGACGGGUACACAACAGCUGCCGUGCAGCCAUCGGCAAUGGCAGGCACAUUUUCUGCCGCGCCAGCACCAGCAACACCGCAAAAUGGAGCAAUAACAGCACCAUCACCACCAGUUCCUCAAACUGCGCCCCAACUACUAAAUGUUGGCGUGUUGGCCUACGAUAAAGUCGGUAUUAGCGAUGGCGUGGAAUUUAGUCCAAUUCCCUCUGAAGUCAACACAGCCAACGCUUACUUCGCAAUUGAACCGUGUAACCUGAAAGAUGCCGCUAAAAACGAAUGCAUUCGUAAUCUAUUUGCCCAAAUCGUGCCUCAGUUGAAGGCCGGCUUACCGCAGUAUGGCAUGCCCUCAAUAGACCCGUAUGCCUACAGACGCGGCAUUUUCCGUUAUGACAACGAAGGUGUGCAAGGUGGCCUGCUUAUCAAGAAUAUGUACAUUAACGGCAUUAGCGAAUUCAAAGUGAACACAUUUUUAUCAAAUUUUACUGAAAAUGCAUUCAUUGUCAAGUUGAGCAUUCAAAUACCAAAAAUCAAAGCAAAUGGACAAUUUAAGGCCGAUGUAAAAUUCGGUGGUUUGCGUUUGGUGCCAAAAGGACCCUUCAACAUAACUAUCGAUAACAUACGCGCUACCAUUUUAACUGAUGGUGUCAUGGAGACUACUGAGGCGGGUCGCCGCUUGAAGCUGCAACGUUUGAAUGCCAAUGUGGCGGUGGGUGAUGCGCGCAUCAUUGCGAAUGGCAUUUUCAGCGAUCGUAAUUUGAAUGCCAUGAUUUUGAAUUUGGUCAACGAGAAUCUGCCGGAAAUCACACGCGUGGGCAUACCGGCCACACGCGAGCAGUGGGCACCCAUUUUUAUUACUCACAUCAAUCAAUUCUUUGCGAAUAUUCCUAUUGAUAAAUUUUUGAUAGAGUAAAAAUUCAAUUUCGAUAGGUUUAGAAGCUCAGAUUUCACUUUGAAUUAACAAAUUCGCACACAAAAUAUAAAUUAAAUUUUUUAGGUUAAUAAGGUUUAACAAAUUAUAAAAAAAUAGUACUCUAUUUAAGGCGCUCAUUUCCAAGAUCGAAGCAUGUAUUUAUUUAAUUAGUAUUAUAUGACAUGCACUAUCGUACCUUUGUAUUUUUAGUAUAUUUAAGCCUUCGAUUUAAU